CGGCCAUGUGACACGCGCGAAGUGAACUUUCAGCGUCCUUUAGUUUUGCCGGAAGCUUUGGCGGGACGAUGGCGUAACGUAAAUAUUUGCGAAUAACUAUUUUGUGUUUCUUCGAAGAUCAUGGAAAGCACCACAAUGACAAAGCACGUGCGAGAGUCAAGAGUGUUGAUUUUGUACACAGGAGGAACAAUUGGUAUGAAGAAGACGGAUGGAGGAUAUCAACCGAAAACUGGCUUCCUUCAGACGCAGAUCAAACGUCUUCCCAUGUUGUACGAUGAGGAAUACAGGAAGGCCGACCAGACGGAAGCCUUCUCCGAAAGUGUCAACAACACACCCGGCUCGAACUCUUCAUUGGAAGAAUUAGCCAUGCCGUAAGUCUCUCUUGUUUUGCAUUGUAUGAAUUUGAUCUGUAUGAUGAAAUGUUUGUUUUCUAUGCAUGUAACGGCAGUGACUUUAGUAGUAUUCAUCAAUGAUGACAUACAUUGUAUUGAAAUAUAUUUCGUGAGCAACAACGAACGAACAGUUCACUUCCAGGAACAUUUGUUACGUGAUUUUAAACUGUGUGCUUUUGCGUCUUCAGAAGCAACUUUUAUUUCAAAUGUUUGUUUACUUUUCAGCCGUCAGUUCAAUUAAAUAUCAACGUGAUAGAUCAAUGACUGGCCAUUCUUAUUAAUGUGCUGUUCCAAAAAAUAUCCAUACUCCCUCCACAGAAGG